AUGCACCUGGACCUCUACCACACCCAAAUUGCCGGCGACCUCCAGCCACUGGCUCCCCUCACCCAGCUGCGACACCUGAACUCCUACAAGACCCAAAUUGCCGGCGACCUCCAGCCGCUGGCUUCCCUCACCCAAUUGCAGGGCCUGGACCUCUCCAAGACCCAAAUUGCAGGCGACCUCCAGCCGCUGGCCUCCCUCACCCAAUUGCAGGGCCUGGACCUCUCCAAGACCGAAAUUGCAGGCGACCUCCAGCCACUGGCUCCCCUCACCCAGCUGCGAAGCCUGCAGGUCCACGACACCCAAAUUUCCGGCGAGCUCCAGCCACUGGCUCGCCUCACACAGCUGCAGUACCUGCUCCUCUACAAGACCCAAAUUGCCGGCGACCUCCAGCCACUGGCUUCCCUCACCCAAUUGUGGGGCCUGGACCUCUGUGACACCCAAAUUGCCGGCGACCUCCAGCCGCUGGCUCCCCUCACCCAAUUGCAGGGCCUGUUUCUUUCAAACACCCAAAUUGCUGGCGACCUCCAGCCACUGGCUCCCCUCACCCAGCUGUCACACCUGAGCCUGUCCAACACCCAAAUUUCCGGCGACCUCCAGCCACUCAAAGCCCUUGCCGAGCUGCAGAUCCUGCGUCUUGGAGGAGCCCCCGUGAAAGGCCAGAUUGAGCGCCUUACCGGCUUGCCAAACCUGACUGAGGUCGAUCUCAGCUCCACGCAAGUUCACGGGCACCUUGCCGUUUCCUGGCGCGGCCGGCUGACGAAGCUUGCUACCCUCAACCUGGCGGGCAGCCAGGCCGAGUUCCUUCCAAGCGGAAAAGAGCUCCAGGAGCUCUUCAUCGAAGACUCGUCCCAGAAGCUCCUGCCAGCACUGAUGACCUUGGUGUCAGACUGCCCUCUCAAUGGUCCUGUGGAAGACCUCCUCGUGCCGCUGGCGGCUUCAGGGCAACUCACCCGCCUGCUCGCCAAGCGUGCCAACCUUUCUGGGCAUGUGCCAGACAUAGCUUGCCUUAAGGGAGCAAGAGUAGAUGGCACAAUCUGGGCUGCGUACUGCGGACUUCCCUUGUCCAAGUCGCUGCAAGAGCUGGACCUCUCGGGCAACAAGAUUUCCGGUGCGGACGCCCUGCAGGUCCAGAUGUACAUCUCAUUGGCCAACAACCCACCGAUUACGUUCGCAACUGGUACUUUACAGAGUGCCCUCAAAAAGAACCUUCAGCUGGACCUAAGUGGCACGGCCAUCACAAACUCGCGGGAUAUCUCACGUCUCUUUGAGACAGGUGCCUUGCGGAUGACAGCGCAGACGACCACGACAAAUGCCACUGGCGGUUACAGCUGCCACGACGUGACGCCGAGCUCACUAAGAGUGAGUUCCCACAUGUUCUGGCCACAAGGCCUAUGUGGCUGCAUUGCAGGAUACGAAGGCAGCGGCACCGACUGCAGUGAGUGCGCCAACAACACCUUCAAUGAUGCCUUCAACAGCUCUUGCCGUCGCUGCCCGGCAAACAGCACCGCCGGCAAGGGCACUGCCUCCAUCGAUGGCUGUCGCUGUGACCCGGGCAGGAUGAUUAACGAUGCCUGCCAAUGUGAUCACGGAGAAGCCUUAUCCCAGUUCCUGGAAGCAAAGCAUGUGGACUGCCCUGUCGGAAGCACCGUGGAAACGGCGAAGCCCAAGGUGGGCUACGCGCGGCUGGUCCGUCAGGCUUCCGUGGUUUUCAGGUGCUUGGAUCCGGCUGAGGAGCGGUGCAAUGCUUCAGGGAGCCCUGACAUAGGCUGCACGACCGGUGGCUACGAAGGGCCUCUCUGCAUCGCCUGCUCGGAGGGCUACCGCAGCCGCUCCCGCCAGUGCAUCAAGUGUGAUGUGGCUUCCGACACCCGUGGGACAGCGGCCGGCUUUGCCAUAACGGCUGCAGUGGUAGCGGUGGUGGCAGGUGGCAUCUGCUUCUGGAGGAGCCUUGCGGCGGAUUCAGGGCCGGCGGAUGCAGUGCCCGUGCCGCAGAGCGGCCCUGUGCUGCUCCAGCUGUUCCAGCUGUGGGGCGUGCUGCUUGGGACCAAGGAGGUGGUGGAGGCUCUGGAGGUAGUGGAGGAAUAUGUGCAGUGGCUGCAGAUGACAGCAAAGGGCUUCCGUGAUGCCAUGAGCUUGGAGUGUGCGUACGGCAGGAGCGCCCAGUCCCUAUGCGCCUUGGCUUCGCCCUGCAUCCCGCUGCUGCUGCUGGCACUGUGCAUGCCUUUGGAGGCGGUGCGGCAUGGAGCCGGCGCGGAGCCCGGCGUCAGCUCGGCCCUGAAGUUGCUGACGGCGCUCUUCAUCGGGGGUGGCGAGCCCUUGCAGGAGCAUGCCUUCCGCGUGGCCUUGCCGCUUGUGAAGUGCGACGCAAGGGGCGGAGAGGCAGCCUGG